AUGAGCGAGACAACGUUGUUAAGGUUUCUAUGGUAGCCUAAGUAUGGGAUAAUCAUUUUAUAAAUUUUUAAGAUGGUGUGUUUGUGCCUUGCGACGUGUUGAAUUUUAUUGUGUUAAUGAGCUUGUAUAUGGGAUUAAAUGUAAUUCAGUUAACGAGUAUAUAAUGAAAAUUUACGUUUUACAGGCUAUGCUGUUUGUAGUGUGGUUGUUUUGGUUGGGUUUCAAUUCGAGAAUAUUUUUACAUCUUUGAAUUUGGACAUCCAUACUGCUAAGCAGUUCUAAAAUCAACCUAAAUUAUCAUCUUGGUUAAGAUUUUAAAGAUCUCAAGAUGUCAAGACUGGACACUAAAACGUAUAGCCAAAAACAGGAGUGCAAAUCUAGCAUAAAGUUUGACCAGCUUUUAUCUGACAGUUGUAACAAACCUUCAACAGCAAAAGUGUCAAUGACAUCAGUUAGACGGUGGGGAAUGACAUCAUUUACCUCACUCCGGAAGUCUCAGUUAAAUGGACAUUCUGAUAGUCCCAUUGAAGAUUUUAAUAUCUUAAAAAAACCUAGAAUAGAAUCAACUGGAACAAGUGGAGAAAUUGAUCCUUUUAGCUUCAGCAAAGAACCACAUUUUUCAUCAUCUGUUUUUAGUUCCAAAAUUGCAUUACAUUCAGCAUCACGUAAUUUAUGUCCUGUAAAUUCUAAUGUGACCGAAGUAGAAAGUAAUAAAACAAGACCAAAAAAAUUUUUUAAGAGUAGUGAUCGUGGUUUGAAAACUUAUGGAUCUUUAUUCAAAACAAAUGAAUUUUUAACCCUAAAACCCCAGUGUAAUUUAGAAGGUGGAAAUUUAAAACUUGAUGCACUUUCCCUUGGAAAUACUACCAAAAAAAUAAUCUCUGUUAAGAACUUUGAUGAUACAAAUAUAUUAAUGCAUCAAAAUGUGACUACCCUUGUUCCCAAAGCAACAACAGAAAAUAUUCAACCAGAUCUCACCACAAAUAUACCACAUGACAGUGCUUCUUUUAAUGUGUGUGAAAACAUCUCAGAAAAUGAUGAUUUUGACAACUUUCUUAAAGAGGAUUUGGUUAUAAAGAGAAAAUCAGUGAGAAUGGGCAAAAAUUACUUGGGUGGUAUUUUUGACCAGAACAUUGACAUACCUCCUUCAACCUUUGACUCUCAAGACAACCAGUUGAUUAUGUUUACGUGUAAUGAAACUUCUGUAAAUUCAAAAUUGAAACAAGUGCCCCCAGUUAUUCAUACUUAUUCUCAAAAACAUGUAAAACCGGUAAUAAUAACUUGUGAACCGCAUCAUUCCUUGGACGUGAAGGCUUCAUCAGGUGACUGCAGAGAUGAAACAACCAAGAACAGCAAAGUUUCUGAAACUAUUACAAGUAGCUUACCUCAAGAAGAAUUUCUCAUAAGAGAUACCUCUGGGAAUUUUCAAGAUAAACCCAAACUCAUGACUUUUAGUCAGGGUGUUUCAAAUAAUCUUCAAGAUAUUACCAUUCAAGACACCUUUGACCAGAGUGUUUCAGAAAGUGUAAAUACAACUAAGUUACACAAUUUUGGCCAGAGUUUUCCAAAAGAAUCUAUGCAAUUGAAAGUUAAUCAACCAGCUAUGCGUUCAAAGAAAAUCUUCAGCAGCUCAAAAAAGAACAAAGCUGUGUACAACCAUAGGCAUUGGCAGUCAACUAAGGAAACACAGGACGUCACAGAGGAUGAGAAUUUCAAGAAACCACAACUAGUAAAAGAGUUUGAAGAAGUACCAGAGAUGCAAACAGUCUUAACCAGACUGGUACAUCAUCCAGCCAGACCAUGGCAUGAUCCUGUCACUUCUUACAAAUGUCCACGGAAAGUUAAAGAGCUGUAUACUGUAGUCAAGAAUGUGAAGAAAGCCCACCAAUGUCAUGAGUUUGGUGAAACACAGGAAUUCAAUGAUGAUGUAGAAUAUCUCUUAGAAGGUCUUCAGUUUGUUAAUGGAAUUGGAACAAGAUGUUUAAGUGUUCUCAGCCUCGCCACCAAGUGUAUGGUUCCCUCCUUUAGAAUUCAUAUUCGUGCCCACGGAACUGCUCCCAAGAUCUUCAGUGCCUUAAUGGAUGCUCCCACAGAGCCAAACCUUGCACUGUGCACAGCCACUCUCCUAUUUAUUCUCAGCCAGGACCGACUCACCAUAGAUCUGGAUGCUGGAUCACUUUCACUGAUGCUGCAACUUCUGGAAACUGACCUUGAAGAUGUUGAUCUAGAGCUUAUGUCACAGAGCUCCUCUGAAGAUGGAGAUGCCCUUUCUGGCAGAGUGCAAGUGUCUAAAAACCGAGAGAAAGUUGUACAGCUUUGUGAACAAAUGAAGCUCAAAGGACAUGCAAAACAUCUGAGUUUAGACAAAAUUAAUACUGGGAAUUUAGCUACAGAAACACUCUUGAGUUUGUCUUCCCGAAAAGCUGGUGAAUGGUUUAAAGAGGACAUUCGAACCCUUGGAGGCCUUGAUCAUAUAGUGGACACAGUUAAAACAUGUGUAGCAUAUUUUGAUCCACAAGAACCAUUGCAACAUACAGAGGAUGUCCAGUUGGAUAGGAUACGAAAGAUAGAUCGAUGUCUUCGAGUUUUAGAAAAUGUGAGUUCUUCAAAUUACCCCAGAGAUGAUAUAUUUCUAUUUGUACUGAUAAUGAAAAUCUUAUAUGAAGAUAAUUUUUUUUUUGUGUUUGUUAGAAUGUUAAGAGCAUGCAGAGUGAGUAUUCCUCACCAUCCACUCUUGUGUACACCAGCUAGAAGUGAGGCAAUCCCUCUCAGCAACCUUGAAGGAGUAGGAGCUGCUCUUUUAUCCUGUUUAUUAUCACUUUUGAAAGUUCUUCUAAAUUUAACUCAUGAAAGUUCCUUAGGUUGCCAGCUGGUAGGUUCUCACCCUGGCUUGUUGGAUUGUGCUUUAUUGUGCAUUCUUCAGAUGCCUCAGUAUAUGCCUCUGGAACAGAGAUUUGAUCUGCUAGUACUGUCUCUAGGCCUGAUGAUCAACCUGAUGGAAAAUUGUAAAGACAACAGAGAAAAAUUUAUCUUUGCUCAAACAGUUGGAUCAUUUGAUUCCCAGAAUGAUGGUGAAGAAGUAUCAGCAGUUGAAGCAUUUGUUGAGGUUUUUAUGGAUCGGGUAGAAGCUGCACGACAGUCUGAGGAACAGGCAGACGCUCUACUCAGCACACCUGAAGAGAAACAGCAGCAGGCUGAGAAACAAAAUACACAGGAAAAGAAUCAGGACAUUGGAACCACAACAUCUCAGUCUUUGCAAACAGAUGAUCUAGAAGACACCCUAAUGAAAGCACUUCAGAAAGCAGGAAAGAACAUGGAGCACAGUAUCAUUGGAGCUUACAUUGCCAUACUUCUUGGGUGUACUAUUCAAAAUAAUGAGAACUAUGCCGACCUUCUAAAAAGCCACAUGCCACAAGAAAAUUUCACUGUUAUGGUAGAGGUUCUGAGAAAAUUCUAUAAUUUUGUCAAUUUGACUGGGGUGGUGGGAAAUACAGGUAUCAAAUCUAUACAACGAGUGAUCAGUGUACUAGAAAGAAGCUGACUGAUGAAAGUUUAACAAACCAACAAGAUGAAUGGGACAUCUGCCAGAGUGCUAUCACUAAAUCAUGUACAACCUACCAAAGAGCCACACUGUUGUCUUUAGACGUUGUUGAAAUGUUUUCGGAUUGCCUGGCUUGAUGUCCUGCCUCCGCUUUGCACAGUUAUUCACAGUUGCAUUUCCAUAUCUCAUCCCUGUCUUCAAUCAGAGUUAGACAGCCACAAGGAACAAUGCUCACUAAGCAAUCAUUUUCUUUCAUAUUUCAUAUUGUCCAAAAUUCAGAUCCUGAUGUGGACAGAUCAGCAAGUAAUCACCUGUACCUUUCUAAUAGUUGUUAAUUUGCGCACUGAGGCUGAUUUUGUUCAAUUUAUGAGCUCUUGCAGUAUGUAGUUCUUUUAUGUAUAACGUAAUUCCUCUGCUGCUCAGAAGAUAUAUGUUUUAUUCAUAAGAACUAUCUUGGAUUUUAUAUUCUUUUUUUUUUUCAACGUCGUGAAUAAAUUUAGUAAAUAGAAUAAUUACUUGAAGUUAGUAUAUUGUCAAAUGACUUAGUGUUUUUACAGAAUUUACUCUGAUGAAAAAUUUGUAAAGUUUGUAAAUACUAAAGUGUAAUAUUAUGAAACAUUUUACAAUGUUUGAUACAUGGGAACAGUUUCAUUGGUGUAAAUGAAGGUAAUGGUAUAUGUGUGCGUGUGUAUUCAUAAAAACAAGCUGUAUUAGGCCUAGAAGUUAGCUUGAAUGUUCCUUUUAGUAAUGUGAUUUUUUUGUUUCUUUCUUUAAUAUAUUUAUCUUUGAGAUUUGCACUGUAUUUAUAGUGCUCUUUUAAAGAAUAAUGUUUGUUUAGUAGUCUAAAGAAACUACCUGAUGAGAGUCGAUAUAUAUCUUUUUGGGGGUUACAUUAGAGUUGUUUGUUUUGAAAGCUAACGACGUACAACUGUAAUACCCAAGAAUAGAAGUUAGUGUCUUAGUUUUCAAAUAAACUGUAUAAAUAUUUUUUUAAAUUAAAUCUAGAAACUUUUAGCUGAACAGGUAUUGUGUUGUCACUCUUUCUUCUUCUCUUUUGAUUGAAAAAAAAAAUUUACAUUUCUGUUUACGUGGUGUUGUUUGGUUGAUUUUAUUUUUAGUGUGUCUCAGAUAUACAGAACAUGAUUAAAGAAAAGUAUUAAUGUAAUUUUUGUUUUCUUCAAUCUUCAAUUGUAGUACAUCAGGAUUAAAUGGGAUCAAAAGUGUUAACUUUAUUUAGUGAUCUCUUUAUUUCCCAUUCUUAGUUUGAAGGAUUGCUGGCAACAGAUUCAUGAUGGGGAAAACGAAGUCUGAUAAUAAAAAAAAGGGAAGAAGGUUCACAAGACACUAAACAUUUUCAUUUACAGAAGCUUCAAAUGUUUUGAAAUAUACUUUUUUUAUGUUCAUUGAAAUCUGAGAAUAGUAUUAUAACGAUAUAGCACUAGUUAAUAAAUAUGAUUAUAAUAUUAUUUCGAGAUUUCACUAAAGAUGAAAUAAGUGAAUUCCAAAACAGCAAAGCUUCUCUAAUCAAAAAUGUUUUGUCUUGUUCAUCAUCUUUAUUAUUAAAAGGUUUCUGUUUUUUAUGUAUGCUGUUUCUUAUGUGUAGUGGAGAAAACUAGAAACUUGUGUCAUUUAAGUUUACCAAAAUUAAUGUUUAAACUGCUGCUGUAUAAAAAAUCAGACUUUUUUUUAGCUUAUCUAAACUACUGAUAAUUUUUUGUGCUUAAAUUAUGAAACUAUGACAUUUUGCUUGUAUAUGUUGAUGAGGACUUUAAAGAAUGAGUUAAUCAAAUGGACCACACAAGUUUUUCUUGUAAUUCAAAAUUGAUGUAGUACAUGGAAAAUCUUGUCAUUAUAAAAUUAAUUAAUUUUGGUGAUAAAACAUGGUGAAGAUUAGCAGAACAAGUUUUUUUUUUCUGAAAAUAUGCUCAAAUUCAGUUUACUGUAUUUAUAAAUAAAAUGUUAAAGUGUAAUAUUUGAUACUACAAGUAUUAUUGUACAAUGCUCAUUUUUUUUAUAUCAGCUUUAAAAGAAUAUCUCCUCUGUCUUGUCCUUUAAGAAUUAAUAUUAGAGAACUGAAUAUUUGUGUUUUCUGAAAAACAUUGUUUGAAAUCAUAUUAGUUUACUGGAUAUCUAAGUUGUCAUCUUUCUUAUUUUGGUUCUUUAAGGAAUAUAUCUUUUCAUAUUAGAAUCUGUUGACGUAAGAUUAUCGGAUCUUAAGGAAUUAUGACCAAGUGUAGUAGCCAUAUACUUUGCAGUGGUAACUUCUAAAGCUGUAUUUCAAAUGAUUUAAUUUCCUUUUACUGUUCAAAAUGCAUGAUAAAUUUAGUGGAGCCACUUUUUCUUCAAUACUGUGAAGAUAUGGCUCCUUGUUCAUGGAAGAAAAAUAUACAUUUUGUAGAUAAUAUCAUGGUUCUGUCAAUCAUACUCAUACAUGGAAAUUACUUGUUUUCAAUAUUCCAAAACUAUAUAUAUAUAUUAUUCAUAAAGACUCAGUUGUGCAAAAUAUCAACUGAAUAAAAUGUUUAUAGAUUC